GUGCGGCCAUUGGUUGGAGCCGCUGACAGGGCGUGGGCGGGGCCAAGGCUUAUACUAAAAGCUGUUAUUCCAUUCUGCCGUGCGCCAUUUUGAGAGACUCCGACGGAAGAGGCAGAAGGCCUGGGAAUUUCUGGUUCUGUGACCAGAGAGGCCGGAUGGUGAAGUCCUCCCUCCAACGGAUACUCAAUAGCCAUUGCUUUGCCAGAGAAAAAGAAGGAAAUAAAAGAAGCACCACCAUGCCUCUUCUGAGUAUUCCCAGUAGUAGUGAAAGUUCCAGGGUUUCUUUCAAUUGCUGUAGUAACCUGGGUCCAGGGCCUCGGUGGUGUUCCGAUGUCCCUCACCCACCCCUGAAGAUCCCAGGUGGGCGAGGGAAUUGUCAAAGGGAUCACAAUCUUUCAGCUAAUUUAUUUUAUUCUGAUAAUAGGCUGAUUAUUACAGAAGACCUUUCGUCCAAUAACCGGACAAGAAUUCUUAAUGUCCAAUCCAGGCUGACAGAUGGCAAGCAAGUAGAUUGGAGAGCCGUGUUAAACAAUAAUAACCUCUAUGUAGAAAUCCCAACCGGCACACUCCCUGAUGGGAGCAAAGAUAGCUUCGCUGUUCUGUUGGAAUUUGCAGAGGAGCAACUCCAAGUCGAUCAUGUCUUCAUCUGUUUCCACAAGAACAGAGAUGAUAGAGCUGCACUCCUCCGGACCUUCAGCUUCUUAGGCUUUGAGAUUGUGAGACCUGGACAUCCCCUUGUCCCUAAGAGACCAGAUGCUUGCUUCAUGGCUUACACGUAUGAAAGAGAUUCUGAUGAAGAUUAGAAACCCGCAAUGUUCUGCAACUUUUUAGAGCUAUUUUUUUUUUCUUUAGUCUGUUAAGAGGAGUUGUGAAAUAUUGUCUACAUAUUUUCUUUUACUGGUGUUGUUGUUGGACCCUGGUGGAGCAUGUAGUGGGGAGAGAUGUUGUUUUCCCGGCCAGAUCAUCCUUUUUGAAAUCUCUUUGCAUGUUUGAUGUUGAAUAAAUGCGCACUCCAUACGGCUAUGUCAAUGGAGGUUUAAUGUG